AUGUGGGUUGUACAGAGUUUACCAUUCCAACGUGUUGCACAUCGCAUUGCCUCUACAGAUGCCCAGCCCAGCAUUUCUAAUGGUAUUUUUGUAGUGGUUACUGGUGAACUAUUGGUUGAUGAAGAACAAAAUCCACAAAGAUUCACACAAGCAUUUCAGCUCAUUCCCGAGGGCAAUACUUAUUGGGUGCUUAAUGAUAUCUUCCGUUUGAACUACGGCUGA